AUGUUCAGCUUUAGCUAUCCAAACGGUGAACCUCAAACUCCGACGAGGACUCCUACUACCGCCGCUAUUGACUCCUUCACAACCCCAAAACUCGAGUCAAGUUUCUUUGAUCCUCGGGUCACCUGGGAUACCGCCGACCCUUAUGCCUCCAGCCCCGAGUUCCUACGAUCCCCUCAAAAAUUCAGCCUCGGUGCCUCCAAUCCGUUCAAAACAGAGUCCCUCGACCACCGCAUAGAUGACUUCAAGGAUGGUGGAAGAAUUCUGGAGCAGACCGAUACCGCCAGGCGCAUUCGACCUAUGAAGCCAACUGAGGAAGGUCCACGGCCCGGGGAUUCGGCCAAAUCCGCGGCUUCAAUGCAGACACCACCGCCCACCAGUGCAUCAAGACGGAAGAUCCCCGACUUUGAUCCGCUGGCCAGCGUUGGGAGGGGGACUACGCCCCGGAUGGGAAACCACCUGGAGACUCCCAGCCGACUGCUAGGAGAGUCCCCUCGCAUGUUUGGUAAUCUACAAUCGUCGCCGGAUCUCUUCCAACUGGCCUCGUUGGAUCCGACGCGCUCCCCAUUUUUCCCGCAACAGCGACUGUUUUGGGACCAGGAGCAUGAGCAACCAAACGACAUCCCUCUCCCAGGCUUGCAUCUCAACCAACAGCCACCGAAAUCUACCCCGAAAACCGCUAUGAAAACGCAAAUCCCACAACUGCCAUCCAUUGAUGGUUCUAUGGACUUGCCAGAAUUUAGCGGAUUUGGAUUCUCAGCCCCGCCUAACGAUGCAGCCUUGUUUCCAGCUCCUUUCUCGACCUCUCCUCGCCGGCCUGUGGCCAAGGCAGAAGACCCCGCCAUGUUCCUGAGUUCCCCUGCUCGCCGGUUUGGUGGACCCCAGUUGACACCGGAACGAAAGCCCUUGCGAGGAUUGCGACAGCCUUAUCACCACCAAAUUGAGGAAUCAAAACGGGAAGAGCUCCUGCGUGGUAAUGGAGACCGUCAGGCAUUCGGGUCCUUCUCUAGCGCUUCAGAUGACGAUGAUUAUACACCAAGGGUACGUCCCACAUUGACCAGGAGCGUUACGCACACUGCGAUGACGAGCUCCUCCCGAUCACUCAGCCAGGCAGGAAGGGCCAGUGGAGUUCGCAAAAGCCCUUCAAAAGGACGAGUGUCGCCAGUGAAAGGAAUGCGUCCGGCACCCUUGGCCCGGUCUGCCUCACUCGCUACUUUUCCUACUCGCUCUCAGUCUGUGGUGCUUCGUAUUGGACGAGAUGGUAGGGCAAAGGCUGAGAUGCAACCUGUUGAUGAGGGAUCAUCGGGGCUGACAGAUCCUCUGACUGAGAUGGAUCUUGAUGGCUCUGCUACCGAGAGUGAAGUCGAUCCUGCCGAGUAUUCAGAAUAUCCUGUCCUGCCUCGGUCUCAAUCAUCUUUCCCUCUGGUAAACAAUCAUUGUCCAAACCUGGCCCGCAGUGAUUCUGGAUCCCGACCGCCGUCUAAGGGUUCAUAUGCCUCUAUUGAUUCAUCACACUCCGGGCGCAUGUCUCCUUGGGGAGGAUCCUCUCGGAAUAUCUCGAGUCGAUCCACCUACCGUGGGUCUCCCGAAGCCAUCAAGCGAACCCCCAAGCGGCAUUCGUCAUUGCUUCACUCCGAUGCUACAUAUACACGGGGUAGCGUGACAUCCCAAUCCUUGCCCGGAGACGACGAUGACAGCGGUGAUGCCCAGGCCGCCCUCCGACAGGUCCUCAAGGAGCGUGGCCGCCCAAGGCCCUCUACUGGCUAUGGGACUGGCCUCACACGCUCAUCACAUUCAUUUGCCCUUCUCCGAUCAUCGCCCCCUCGCAUGCAUAGUGACUUUGAUAUCCAAUCUCGACACUCCAAUGCCUCCCCCACUACGGUGACCGACCCCGACUUAGCCACUCCCCACACGGAGCGGCAUAGCAACCACAGCAAUCCUAGUAAUGCUACUCGCUGCGUAUGUAACUCGAUGGAAAACGGUGGGCAUCUUAUGAUUCAAUGGUUAGUUGUUCCGACAAUUUCCUUACUUGACCACUCGCUUAACGUAUUUCUAGCGAAUCCUGUGCCCACUGGCUUCACACCAAAUGUGUUGGGUUGGAACGAGCCAACCUCCCCUCUUUUUACGUGUGCAGACUCUGUGACCAAACCCCAUCCCGACAGCAUGUUCGAUCGGGCUACGGGCCCGGUGGCGGUCCCCCCUCACCUUUAG